AUGUCAACCAAGGUUGAAAAUUAUAACGGUGACCAUUUUGAAUACAUCAAAGUUAGCGAAGAUGAAGAUGACUCUAACGCCGUAGAAAUUCCCUGUGAAAUAGAUGGCACCCUAUUGCUUUCAACCCUCGUGGCCCAAUUUCCCGGUGCUUGUGGAUUGAAAUAUCGUCACUCAGAGAGCAAGUCUAUUCGAGGUAUACGUCUAAGUGAUGGAAAAUUGCAUCCUCCGACGGAAGUAGGAUGGGGAAAAAAUUUAUAUAUUUGUGUUUUUCCCAAAGAAAACAAGCGUAAGAUGGAAGAUGUAUCCUCUGAAAAUUCUGCCGCGAAAACUAAACGAUUGGAGAAGAAAUUAACGUGUUCUGACUUAAUAUGUUUAGGUUUACCUUGGAAAUCAACUGAAGAAUCCAUUAAACAAUAUUUCGAGCAAUUUGGGGAGGUCGUAAUGGUGCAAUUAAAAAGAGACAAAAAUGGAUCUUUUAAAGGGUUUGGCUUCAUUCGUUUUGCUACCUAUGCGUCUCAAAUGAGAGCUUUAGCUCAAAGACACAAUAUAGAUGGGCGCUGGGUUGAUGUCCGUAUACCUAACUCCAAAGAGGGAGUAGUGCCUCAGAUGCCUUGUAAAGUGUUUGUUGGAAGAUGCACAGAAGAUAUGACAGCUGAUGACCUUCGCGAGUAUUUCUCUAAAUUUGGUGAAGUAACAGAUGUAUUUGUUCCUCAUCCCUUUAGGGCAUUUGGAUUUGUCACUUUCUUAGACCCAGAAGUAGCUCAGAGUCUAUGUGGCGAAGAUCAUGUAAUCAAAGGUGCAUCAGUAUCUGUAUCCAGUGCUGCACCAAAAAUUAAAACAAAGGCUCACCAAAACUGGAAAGAUGAGUCUUACGGUCCCAACAAUUGGGAUGGUAAUCGAUCUGGCCCUUCAGGAGGUUCAAGUAACAAUGGUGGAAAUAGUAAUAUAGAUUCGCUUAACAUGCAGAACUUGGGCAUUAAUCCCAAUGGAGGCCCGCCAGCCAAUUUUAAUUUGCCCAUCAGUCUUGUUGCUGCUGCUCUUAACCAAGCUGGUUGGGGAGGAUUUCUGGGGGGUCCAGGUAAUUCAGGACCCAACAAUUGGCAAGGUGGCCCUCCACAAGGCAAUCAAGGCAAAAAUUGGAAUGGCAACCAAAAUUGGAGUCAAAAUGGUCCACCACAAGCAUGGAAUCAAGGAGGUGGUGGAAAUCAAGGUUGGAGUGGUGGAAAAGGUGGGAAUUGGAAUCAAGGAAAUUGGCCCAGUGGACAAGGCAACUGGAAUGGUAAUGGCAAUGGAGGUGGGUCUAGCUCUAGUUCUGGCAGUGGGUGGAAUAACAACAAACCCCAAACAUGA